UCAAUAUUCAGUGUCGAAAACAGUUUAAAGGUCGGCGAAAAUUCUCUUGUUGAUUUAUCCCGGUUUUUGUUUUUCUUUCCCUCUUUUUUUUUUUUGGUUUGUUAUUGUUUAUGCACGAUCGGAGUAUGUUUCUCGCAAGAACCAGCUUCUAAGAUGUCGACGUGAUAAACGUGGAAACGUCAUCCGUGUUUCGACCAGUUUCGAUAUCUUGAGGAGCUUCGGUUGUCGCGAGAUCGCUGAUGAUAUCUGGUAUUGUUUAGGAGGGGAUUGCACCUGAUUAGAAGAAGUUAUGUCGAGCGGCAGUGGCGAUCAUGAGGAGGAGGGUUACGUCGUUAAGGUACGUGGACUGCCGUGGUCCACCACUGUGGACGAGAUCAUGAAGUUCUUCGGCGACUGCUCGAUCUCGAACGGCAAGAAUGGAGUUCACAUGACUACGUCCCGCGAGGGACGUCCCAGCGGCGAAGCCUACGUGGAAAUGGACACUCCGGAAGAUAUCGAGAAGGCUUGCAAAAGAGACAGGGAUCACAUGGGCCACCGUUAUAUCGAAGUUUUUAAAGCAAAACGCGGCGAAAUGGAAUGGGUCGUGAAGAGGAGCGGUCUUAAUUUGGAGAACGCGAUGGACGACGGUUGCGUGAGACUACGCGGCCUGCCGUUUGGUUGUUCGAAAGAGGAAAUUGCACAGUUCUUCUCAGGGUUGGAGAUACUUCCGAACGGCAUUUCGCUACCGACAGACUACACGGGCCGCAGUACUGGGGAGGCUUACGUUCAAUUUGUUAACAAAGAUGUUGCGGAGCGCGCUCUGCAGAAACACAAGGAAAAGAUAGGACACAGAUAUAUCGAGAUCUUCCGAAGCAGCUUAUCCGAGGUACGCGCUAGUAUCGGGCCGAAAAUGCGCGGCGGUCCCAUGGGUGGCUUCAAUCAGAGGCCCGCGCCGUACACUCGUGGUGAUCGCUUCGGCGGGAUGAAUCGCUUUAACAACAACGGCAGAGGAUCCAGAAAUAGAGGUGAUUCCUUUCAUCUAUCGAAGUACGAAGACUAUCAUGCAGGACAGUACCGUAAUAGAGACUUAAUAUACAAUUCACGUACUAAUUCGUUACACUUCGACAACGGCCCGUGGGGAAACGGGAAUAACUACGGGUCCCGCGGCGGCAAUAUGGGAAUGCGCGGCAGCAUGGACAUGAAGGGCGGCAAUUACAGAGGCAACAAUGACUCCUGGGGCGGAAACUCCGGCGUGUACAGUAUCCAUAUGCGAGGACUGCCGUUCAAGGCGACGGAACAAGACAUAGCUGAUUUCUUCAGACCAAUCGAGCCGGUGAACGUCCGCAUUAUCCUUGAGAAUGGUGGCCGCCCGUCGGGAGAAGCUGACGUGGAAUUCGCGACUCACGAGGAAGCCUUGAAAGCAAUGUGCAAGGAUAAAAGUCACAUGUCGCACAGAUACAUCGAGCUGUUCAUGAACUCAACCGGCGGAUCGAAUAGCAUGUCAUUAAGUGGCAUCGGCAAUUUCUGUGGAGGCUUAGGUAAUAACUUCAGGCCAGGAUACUCGCCGAACAACAGAGGUUUCAACUCGCAGUUGGGCGGCAGCAAUUAUAACAGUUUUUGAGAUCGGGCAAUGCGUUUUUAACGCUAAACGAUUACCAUAAACAAAAAAUCAAAGAGAAACCUCUAAGUUACUUUGCUGCAAUAGUAGUCUUUUUUUUUCUUUUAUUUUCUUAUUCGCAUAGUCGUGAAUUAUAUAUUAAAUAUUAAUGGUAAGCCAAAUUCAUAGUGUGUAAGUCUCCUAUUAUUUGCUUUUAUAACAUACAGGGUGCGGUUAAAGUUUUACUACAAAUGUUCUGAUAUAUUUGAUUGGUCAAUCAGAAGAAAGAACUUUACUAACCAAUUUUACUUGGCCAAUCAAAGAACGCUUCAAAUUUGUAACAUCAAAUUGACCGUAUCCAAAAGUGUGUUAUUUACAAAAUGUGUACUUUACAUUGAAUGUAUAAUUGCCACGAGUGAAUACCUAAAGGUGGAGAGACAAAUUCUCCUUUAUCUUCGAUAAUUUAAUUUUUGUUCUCUUCGUUUAAACUGAGCGCAAUGUCAACAGACAAUCGUACGUCGCCUGAGAUGAAACACGAACUGAAUUCCUUGAGGAAAAUAUAUUGGAGAGGAGUGUUAUUUUAAGUUUACAAUUCGAUUGAACUAAACGCGAAAAAGAUAUUUCUUGUUUUCUACGGCGACGUACAUGAUACAUCUUCUGAUCAAAUGAUUAGAAUUAUAAUUUUAUAUAGCGCAUGUCGCGUUAAUGGCUUUGAGCUUAGACGUGAUUAAUUGUCAAUAUGCGUCGGGAACGAGCUGUAAAGCGCAAAAAAAAAAUACGAUUGUAAUAUACACGCGACUGACUAGUAGUUCGCCAUCGCGCAUCUCAACAAGUUCAUUGUACUGUCUUAUGUAUUGUAACGUGCGGGGAUCCCAAGUCUGAGAGAGCCGCUCACACAUCAUUUAUCGUAUGCAAUGUACUAUACGACAUAUUAUAUAACCUUGGAAUAAGAAUUAGUAUUCAUGUAGGUAUUACGAAUCCUAAGGAGAAGCUCUAGAUCUCCUCGAUAUCAUUUACGUUGUGUAUAAUUAAAUAUAAUCUUGACGCAUAAGCCUAAGUUUCGGUUUAUAUUCUCUCAAAUGUUUGAAUAAAAAAAAAGAGGUGAAACAAC